CGUUUGCAGUAGCUAAGACCAGUUGACGAUUUUUCCAAACGUGCAUGCAGUGCCGCGAUCCUGUGGCACAGUUUUCAUUAUUUGACUAUUGAAUUACGCUUACGCAGCUUGUCAUACUUGUAAUACAGCACAGUACAAUAAGAGAAGAUCAUGAGAAACAACCGCAGGGCAGGGCGCCAACUCUCUGUAGAGAGAGAGAGAUUCAUGAAGGCGGGGGUACGAUGUUUGCCACGGCCACCAGUAACCUUGUCAAGGAGAUAGACCCGGAAGGGUGCCUGAUCCCAGUGUCCCGCCUGAACGACUCAGACAAGCUGGUCCCCCUGUCGCUGGUCAUCAGGCGCAAGCGCUUCUGGUUCUGGCAACGACCCAAGUACCUGACGUCCGACUUCACCCUGAGCGAUGUGCUGAACGGAGACAAGCCCAUCAAACCAGUGGUUGUGGAGACUGACUUCUUGAAGUAUGCGGGGACAUUUGGGGACAAACUGUCGGGAAAGGUGGAUGGAGGGGUAGGACCAGCAAACUUCAGCCUGGAGGGCAAAGGCUCAUCCAAACUGCAGUCCUCCUUUGGCAGCCUGAAGAAGCAGGAGGUGGACGUCCAGAAACUGCUGCUGGACUCCAAGGAUAGAGUGCUGAACCUGGAGCACAGCCUGGUGAAUCAGACCCUGGGGAAGCACAGUGAGGCCUUUGCCAUUCUGAAGGAGAGGAUUGUGACGUCCCAGCAAUGCUCCGUCACUGAGGAGGUCCUGGAGCAGGGUGACUGUGCCGGCUUCUUCACCAACAAGAUCAUAAAGGUGUCGGUGAACGAAAACGAAAACGCGCAGCAGGACAGCAGCGUUUCCCUGGAGAUUCCCGCUCAGACCGUCAUCGCCUACAGCGUCAUCGAGCUGGAGGUGAAAUGCGGCGGACAGUUCGAGCUUUGCCUGCAGCCAGACACCAUUGGGGGAUUUAAAGUGGACAGCCCCAAAAAAGCCAAAGACGCAGUCGAUGGGCGGCUCGUGAAGGCUGUGGGGUGCAACCCAGCGGGCACCACGGCGACUCCUGCCCUACAGAGAGAACUGGAGAAGCUGCAGGCUCACUUCCAGCAGCUAGCAGAUCUCCCGGCAGCCACCCGGUCCACACUGCUCCAGCUCCUGAUAACCAUCAUGUUGGACAGAGUGGCGCUCGCCGCCCUGGAGAGUGGGCUGGACCAGCUGUGCUGUGGUGGGACACCUGACCUCUGUGAGCUGCAGGACUCGCCCACCCUGAAGCAGACAGUCCAGGAGGUUCUGGACCUGGUGCAGCAGUCCCAUCAGAACCAGAGUGAUGGACAGUCCGGUGGGACACACCCUAGGUCCCCGGUCCUUACUGCCACUCAUGUUACAGUCAGCGCCAUGGCAGAGAUGACCGAGCCUGCUCUGAUUCACUUGGGAUCCUGCAGUCCUCGGUUCCUGCUGGCCCUGCAGCAGCUGGUGCACUGCUUGGCUGGAGGUGGGGAGCUGAGUCUGCAGGACCCUGCACUGUCCCAGCUGGUGGAGGAGGGGGAGGGGUACCAGAGGGCAGAGCAGCUGUUCUCCUGCUCCGGGGCGACCCUGCAGAGAGAGGCCAGCACGCUACGCGCGGAAACGGGGCCCCAAGCAAAACUCCGCCCCCUGGUCAUGUGCAUCUCCGUACAAGGCCUUGCAUCCCUGUGCACAUAGUGUGUGUAUGGGGCUGGGAAAUUGUGUUCUUUGUGUUUGUGCGUGUGCAGUAUGUGCUGUCCAGUUGUCCAUAGAUGUCCAGACACUCCUUUAGCAGUCAUCUCCUCCACUUUGAUGAUUUCACGUCCCUACCUCCUGGAGAAACUCAGCUGGAGCCCCCUACUGGACAAAUGCUGACACUAACAGUCAUGUGAAGCUUAAUUUUAUAUAAACUUUCAUCCCAAUGUUGAAAAAUUAACACCAAGCUAUUAUUACACCUCAAUAUAAUGUUAUUUAAAUCCAUUUGAAGCAAUCAUGAUAUUCAGAAAAAAAAAAAAAAUGAAGACAUGGGUGGGUGUAUGGAGGUGACUGGUUCAGGGCAGGGAAAGACAUCCACAGCCAUUUCCAAUAAAAGACCAAAGACUUUAUGUAUACAUUCAUUUGCAAAAUCACAGUGAAGGUAAUGGUAAGGUAAUUCGGUAAUAAGUGUUUUUACGGGUUUAAAAACGUUAUUUUUAACUACCAUUAAACAAUGUAUUCAGCUUUACAUUGUGAGUUGACACAUUUUAUUGUACAUGCAUUUACCAUUUCUUGACUUUGGUCUUUUUUAAACAACAUGAAGACUAAACUUUCCUCCACCCUGAAUCGUCAAAUAUUCAAUUCACUGUCAUAUUUCACAUUUUUGGACAAAAUAAAAACUGCAUUUGUGAGUUUGUCUGGCAUAUCUUAUCCAGACUUUAAGGACUGUACUCCCUGGUGUGCAUAUGCAUGUUCAAAAUAAAACCCAUAUUUAUAAUCGGCUGAAAA